UUGCUCUUCUUCGUCUCUUUCCUCACUUACACUAGACUAAGACUACUCUCUCUCUCUAUAUUAAACCCCUGAACCAGUAGUGAGACCACAUACAUACCCAGUGAGCGAGAGUCUGAGAGUUAAAACAAUGGACGUCUACGGUAUGUCAUCACCAGACUUGCUUCGCAUAGACGACCUUCUCGAUUUCUCCAACGACGAAAUCUUCUCAUCCUCCUCCUCAAUCUCAACCGUAACUUCCUCCGCCGCUUCCUCCGUCGCUUCUGAAAACCCUUUCAACUUCCGUUCUUCCGCCUACACUUCUCCUCCUCCUCUCCUCUCCGACUUCACUCACGAUCUCUGCGUCCCCAGUGACGACGCAGCUCAUCUCGAGUGGUUAUCACGAUUCGUUGACGAUUCCUUCUCCGAUUUCCCAACGAAUCCUUUAACCAUGUCCGUUAGACCCGAGGUUUCAUUCACCGGAAAACCUAGAAGCCGCCGAUCAAGAGCUCCGGCACCAUCCGUCGCUGGAACUUGGGCUCCGAUGCCUGAAUCCGAGCUUUGUCACGGCUCUGUUCCAAAACCUAAACACAAGAAGGAAUACAACGGUGAAUCAGUUACGGCGGAGGUAGGAGGAGGAGGAGCGAGGCGGUGCUGCACGCACUGCGCGUCGGAGAAAACGCCACAGUGGAGAACCGGACCGCUGGGACCUAAAACGCUUUGUAACGCUUGCGGUGUUCGUUACAAAUCAGGGAGGCUUGUACCGGAAUACAGACCGGCUUCGAGUCCGACGUUCGUGUUGACUCAGCACUCGAACUCUCAUCGGAAAGUUAUGGAGCUUAGGCGACAGAAGGAGCAGCAAGAAUCGUACGUUUCGAUUCCAGCGUUUCAGCCGCGGUGAAAAAUUCGCGUUUUGGGGGUUUUCUUCUCUUUUGGAGGGUUUUUGUGAUUGGUGGUAAGGGGUGACGUGUCGUAAUCCUAACGGCGAUGAUCACGUGACCGACGCGAGGGAGGGGGUUACGAGACUUUUUAAUUUUUUUGUUAAGUUAUCAGUAUUAGUUUAAAAAAUGAAACUCUCUGUCUCCUCUGCUAAUUACGUCAUUAAUUUGUUAGUAUUCAUUUGAUUUUUGUUUUUUUUUUUUUUUUGGGUUUUUCACGGCUCUCCUUAAAGUUAUAUCAUUAAAUGAUUUUAUUGGCGGCAUUUAAU